AUGGACACCAUCAACUCUGAGGGGUCGAGUGAGGGCCAAAACUUGCCAAACCCCACAACAGAGACGGAGCCUUUGCUUGAGAGACGACCGUCAACCACGUCCAGCCCGUCUCACCAGUCAAGCAAGCAGCUCACGACUCGUCAUGCGUUUGCCAUUCUUGUCACUCUCCAGAUCGGCUCGGGCAUUUUCGCUUCUCCAGCCCAGGUCGACAGCAACGUUCCUUCGCCGGGCGCAGCACUGCUCGUCUGGGCCCUUGGGGGUUUGCUCUCAUGGGCAGGUGCUGCUUCAUUCGCCGAGCUCGGUGCUGCGCUUCCGCUGAACGGAGGCAUGCAGGAAUAUCUACGUCACGUGUACGGCGAUACCGCUGCGUUUCUGAUGGCCUGGAUCUACAUCAUGGCAGUAAAGCCGUCGUCCAUGGCCAUACAGAGCAUUGUGAUUGCUGAAUCCGUUGGCUCUGUCAGCUCGACCGAGCCUCUGGCUGGGUGGCUGUUGAAGCUCAUUGCUGCUAUGGCUUUCGUUUCGAUGGUUCUGCUUAACUCCAUCAACACCAAAUUCACUCUACGGCUAAGCGAAUCUUUCACUGUCUUCAAGAUUUCUACAGUGGGGUUGAUAGUUCUUGGUGGCUUGAUCGCAGUCAUUGCGCACCUGGUCAACCCUCACUCGUCGCUCUCUGGAUCUUCAGACUGGUAUUCAAAGAGCUGGUUUGAAACGCGGCCGACAGUUUCCGAAGGUCACAUCAUCAACUGGGACUCUAUCAGCACUUGGGACCGCUAUGGUCAUUAUUGUGCUGCCAUUUACGGGGGAUUGUGGGCCUACGACGGAUGGGAUAACGCCAACGUGGUUGCCAGCGAGAUCCGUGAUCCCGGUCGCUCCCUUCCCAAAGCUAUCAAAGCCGCUAUGAUUGUUGUGCUGGGUUCUUUCGAAUUCGUUAACAUUGCCUACUACAUUCUCUUGUCAUGGGACAAGCUGAGCUCCAACAAUGCUGUAGCUGUCUCCGCUGCAACAUCGCUUUUUGGUCGACCUGCAGGGAUCCUGAUCACCACUCUAGUCGCGGUAUCGUGUGCUGGCUCGGUCACAAGCAACGUCUUCUCUGUCGGUAGGCUUACUGUGGCUGCUUCCCAACGUCAUUACCUACCUGCGUUCUUCAGUAAACGAGGUUUACCACUGCUCAGUAACACAGACGCCAACAGACAUGCAACCUCGCGCUUCGAUGCUCCUGUCUACGCAAACAUCCUCGCCCUUGUGAUAACUCUGGUAUACAUCCUCACGGGCAGUUUCCGUGCCCUCAUCACCUUUGUUGGUAUGGCUGAGUGGGUGUUUUACGUCAGUACUGUUGUUGGGCUGCUCAUACUUCGUCGCCGAGAGCCACAGCUCGAACGACCGUACCGACCUACGAUCCUUCUUCCUGUGACGUUCGUCACUGUAGGCACAUUGGUUAUUGUGCGUAGCGCGAUGUUUGCACCUGUGCAGAGUGGAGUCCUCGCCGGUUUGCUGGUCGUGGGCGCCAUAAUCGGCACGCUGCGUUCGAGAUGA